AUUCUGCAAAAUAGCAUUUUGACAUGUGUUCCUUUGUGUGUGAUUGUUCAGGCAUGCGUGUAUGUAGGUAUCAAAGCACUUUACAGAUCUUCAAAGGACAGAUCUGUGAUCAUUAUCUGGAGUGGUUGAGCAGGUGUGGGCCAUGGGAGUGUAGGGGGGGGGGCACAGGUUCUCACACUCUGUUGACUUCAUGAAUAUUCAUCAAAGGCAUGCUAUAUAUCAAAAAUCAAAGGAUUUUCUGCUAAAUUUCAGAUACUCAUUCACAAUUUUACUUUUGCAAAAUGUUAUUUCAAUAAGUACAAAGCAUUUGCAUGGAUGAAAGCUAAGAUGAAGGCUGAAAAACUUCAAAGGCAUACAUUUGUUUUUCAAAACAAAUUCCUGCAGAAUCGAAUUUUGUUUACAUUCAGUAGGGGCAGCUUACACAGGUGCACCAAUUGACUAAAAGUACAUAUAUGAGACUCAGAUCAGGAUUCAUUUCUUUGAACCGCAACCAUGAGAAGAAGAUUCAAUGUGAAUGAAGCCCUGGAGGUGUUUCAGCAGCUUGAGGAAGAGGGAGAGUCAGCCUCAUCCUCAUCCACGGAUGACACCUGCAUGUUCUUCGGAUGAAGAGGCUGAAGAUCAGGCCUUUACCCCAGGGCCUGAUUCAGGGGAAGAAAUGGAAGAAGGUUCAGAUGAGGAGGUGGUUGCUGCAGAGGAGAGAUGGGACCAUCCUUUGUGGCAAUCAAAGAGCGGGAUCGCCUGGUCCCCGACACCCGACACCAGGAUCCCCUUUCGGGCUCCAGACGUCCGCCAUUGUGGGAUCACCCGCCUCGCUGUCAGCUACAUCCAAACUAUUGAGGACAGCUUCGAUUUUUUUUUAACUACAACAAUCCUAGAUGUAAUAAUAAAAUACACCAAUAUAGAGGGAAGAAGAAAAUAUGACGAUUGGACAGACGUUGACCGCGUGGAACUCCGGGCAUUGUUUGGGUUGCUCAUCCUCGCUGGUGUGCACCGUUCCCGUGGGGAAUCAUCUGCCAGCCUCUGGGGGGAGGAAACGGAGAGGCCGAUAUUCAGAGCCACGAUGAGUUUGGGAAGGUUCCACAUGCUGACUGCAACAUUGCGCUUUGAUGACCGCUUGACCAGGGCAGCCCGCCGGUUGGUGCAGCAGGGCAAGCUCGCUCCCCUGCGGGAAGUGUGGGACCUCUGGGCGGCCCGGCUCCCUCUCGCCUACAACCCCGGUGAAGAUGUCUGCGUUGAUGAACAGCUCGUCGGAUUCAGAGGUCGCUGCAACUUCAAGCAGUACAUGCCCUCAAAACCGGCAAAAUAUGGCAUCAAGCUGUGGGUGGUGUGCGAUGUGGCCACUUCUUAUGCCUGGGGGAUUAUUCCCUAUCUGGGCAAGACGACUCGAGACGCCCCGGCAGAAAGGGGGCAAGGGAAGCGGGUGGUGCUGGAACUCACGGAGGGUCUGAGCGGCCGCACUGUCACCACGGACAAUUUUUUCACCUCGCUGGUUCUUGGAGAGGAGCUGCUAAAAAAAAAAUCUGUCUUGUGGGAACAGUUAGGCGCAACAAGCCAGAGUUGCCCCCACAGCUGCUCCAGAUGAAAAGCAGAGCGGUUCUGUCCUCCCUGUUCGGCUUCACCUCCACCGCCACCGCGGUGAGCUACUCCAAAGCGCCGGCGGAACGUUCUGCUCCUCGGCACCAAACCCCAUCAGGUUCAGAUCCAGGAGGGACCGCAGCAGAAGCCGACCGUAAUCAUCGAUUACAACCGCUGCAAAGGGGCAGUUGACAACUUGGACAAGCUCGUUGCAACAUACAGCUGCCGCCGCAAGACCAGACGUUGGCCCAUGUCGCUCUUCUGCAACAUGUUAGAUGUGAGCGCCUACAAUGCC